UUAUAUUUAGCAGGCGCUUUUGUUUUGCCCAAAGCCACUUGCAGAAUUGUAAAGAGAUGGUUUCGAUAGAUAGGUAGAUAGUUUAUUGAUUUAUUUGGAAGAUGGAGAUUGGUGGCCUCAUUCAAUGAAAAAAAAAGAGAAACUGUAUCAAAACUAAUGUGCAAUUAAGUUCAGACUUGCUCUGGCCUAGCCUGGAAAAAAAGAACCGUGUAUUCCACAACAGUGCCUGUGGGGGCGUAACGUUUCGGCUUCAAGCAGAGCCGUAUAUAUACGGCUCUGGCUUCGAGUUCCAACCCUCCGACCAACAUUGAUCACGUGAUGUUAUGACGUUUCGUGGGUCGGUACAAAGGCUUAUUCGAGGCUGAGCACAUCCACUGAAAAAUAUACAUUUCUGAAGUUGGCUUUUAAGGUUUGCCAGAUGUCUUUAGGCUUUACGUUUAUUAUUAUAAGUACGCCAAUACAAUUUAUGUCGCUCCUCUCUAGGGUGAAGUCUGAAAAAGUAUUCGUGUAGCUGCUGUGAGGCAGUUAGCUCCUGUAGCAGCCUGUUUCACGAAGCCAUGUGGCUAACUUAAUCGGAUCAGUUUGUUGACUUCUUAGAAAAGCCCAGGAUUUCAGUGAACAAUUUCAACCACAAUUUGUGUUCGUCGGCAGAUGAAUAACGUGAACAAAACACAUGAUAAGAAAUGAACGUACCGUUUGUAAAAGAGGUUAUUGUUGAUGAAGGAGCCAACAUUGUAAAUAGAGCAUUCAGAAGAGGACGCAUUUUAAUAGAUCGAUUUGACCCCUUAGCACAUCCAGAUGAUUAUUUGUAUGAUCAGUAUCGAUUUAGUCGCGAGGGAAUCAUUUACCUGGAACAGUUAUUAGGACGCCACCUUGCAAGCCCGACGGAGCGGAGUGCAGCCUUCACUGUAGUACAGACACUUUGUAUCGGACUCCGCUUUUUUGCCACUGGGACCUAUUUAUACGCUGUUGGUGACGCUGAAAAUAUCAGCAAAGCUUCUGUUUCUCGUGCCAUCAGAAAAGUUUACCUUGCUUUGAAAAGGUACGUCAAUGUAUUCAUCAGAUUCCCUGGCCACGCAAAAGUGGAUGUAAUCAAGGAAGGUUUCCUUUCAAUUGCAGGGAUUCCAGAUGUCCUUGGUGUUGUGGACUGCACUCAGAUUCCCAUUAAAGCUCCUCCUGGUCCCCAUGAGGGUGAUUACAUUAAUACAAGGGCCUUCUACAGCAUCAAUGUCCAGAUUAUCUGUGACUCUACCUGUGUUAUCACUAAUAUCGAGGCGAAGUGGCCUGGUGCUGUCCUUGAUGACCGCAUCUUCAAGGAGUCCAGCCUCUGUGACAAAUUUGACCAAGGUCAAUAUGAUGAUGGCAUCCUUUUAGGAGACACCGGCUACACCUGCAGGCCCUUCUUCAUGACGCCCUACGCUGACCCCAGCCCUGGGCCCCAAGCACGCUUCAAUGCAGCUUUGAGACAGACUAGAUCCAAGAUCGAAACUACCAUAGGCCAGCUCAGAGGACGAUUUCAGUGCCUUAAUGGCCUAAGGGUCGUGCCAGAUCGGGCUUGUGACAUUACAGUUGCAUGUGCAGUGCUGCAUAACAUUGCAACAAUAAGGAAAGAGAUUGCUCCACCGGUCUGCCUGCAGCCUGACGAUGAUGUUGAGACUCUGUAUCUUGACGAGCCUGAAGGUCUAGCUAUGAGGGACAAGAUAGCUGCCCAGAAUUUCAGUUGAAGAUUUCUCCCGUCUUUGGGUCAGAUAUGUGAUAUGGUUACUUUAUUACACAAGAGACAUUUUUUGAUGAAACAUUUUUUUAUUAAAUUAUUCAUUCUCCUGUGAAGAAAACAGAAAUCGUUUAGUUGGUUAAGCUGCAUACAUAGA